AGAUACUUGUACAGAUGGGCAAAGCACCGGGUUUAAACCCGGUGCUUUGGUAAAAACCCAAUAAACACCCAUAAACUCCCAUAAUCACCCAAAAAAAUAGGUUUUUACGUAUUUUUUUGAAAAUAUGUAAGUAAUACCAAUAAAUUAUUUUUAUAAAUUGUAUUGAUCAAUUCUACAAUAUUAAAUAAAACGUUAACUAAUAAUAUUUCAGGAAAUUUUAAAAAUCUAUAUAUAAUAAAAUGAAAGUAAUUAAUUUUCAGUGUUUUCAUGUUGCAGUUGAUCAACAUGUUGGCCUUUUGCUUCCCGUAGAUACUUUAAAAUUUCUUCAUAACACCUCGUUCGCACACAUGGCCGUAUAUAUUUAAAUUCUUGAGCCACUAACAGUCCGAAAUACUCAUUUCUUUUAUCCUCUUCUCCAUAAAUUAAGCAUUUAGAACAGUUUGUUUCUUCUUUCAGUAAAUUUUCUUUUACUUUAUCCUCGUUUUUUUUCUUUGUUACGACGACGCUGGGUAAAUCAUCUGGACACUGGGUCUCACUAUCGCCAAAUAUAUUUGGAGAUCGGCUUCGGCUACGGCUUGGCAGACAUUUUUUUCUUUCUACAAUUUUAAAUUAAAUUUAUUAGAAUAAAUGCUUCGAACACACGCGAUCUAAGUACCUUUUGUGUUUAUUAUACCUUACCUACCUAGGUAUAAAAAGAGUACUUACGUAGAUUUUCUUUUAUUAACUGUUUUAUACGAAGAUCUUGAUCUCUCAAAUUAGCAUCCAUUUUACUUCCAGUGAUUAUCAACUAAAUUAAUAAUCCACAAAGUAUUAAAUAACGUUUUUAUGAAAUAUUUAGCACAAAAACAAUACCCUUUAAAUAUCGAUCGUCAGUAACUGUGGCUGACUUACCUAUAUUCUAGCAAGCAGGACUGCCAGAUGUGAAGGGGAAAUCCCCAAUAAAUUGUUGCAUGUGACUGAUGAUGUGAGCAUGUUCGUUUCAUAAUAAAAAUGUUGCCAGGUAACCAAAAAGUCGUAUGUUUUUGUGCGAAUUACGAUCAUAAUCUUUACGAUCGUACAUUAAAAAAUAGACAAAUAAUAGUAUGAGUACGAUUUAAAUCGUAUAUCUGUCAACCCUGCUAGCAAGACAGCGACAAAAUCACGUUGCAUAACAAUGUAGCCCAAGCUUAUAUCUUAUGAAAUAUACGGAAGAGAUACGGACUUAGAAAAAACAGAAAUGUUGUUCUUUGUGGAAGUCAUUGAUGAAAUUCUAUGUAUUUUAGCCCGCAAACUUUCUUCAAACAAAAACAGCGCCAUCUAGUAUCGAGUUCUGUAAUUAUCUCUUUGUUUAUGGAUUUGAAGUAAGACCGCCACGCAUGCAAUACAUUAUGACUGGGGAUUCCCCUAUUCGUCGACGCUGAAUAUGAGGCGACGACAAUCACUGUCAAACGUGUUCACUAUUACUCUGACUCUGGUAACGUGACUUCCUGGUAACGUGUUAGGUAGGAAAAGCAGUAAAAAAGUGCAUAUUAAGGGAGCAGAUUUGAAAUAAUAUUUAUACUUAACAAGAAAUAAUUAAAGGUUCAAUGGGGAGACCUAAAGAUUUACGCAUAUGGGAGCACUACCGUACUUUACCAAACAAGUCUGUUUCUUGCAAGCUUUGUAAUAAGGUCUACAAAUUCAGUAAUGCUGCCAAAAUGCUUCAACAUCUUAUCACUUGUCCAAAAUCUCCAGAAACAUUAAAAGACUCUAUGAAACUUAUAAAAGAUAGCUCGUCCAAAACCAAAAUGUCUGGACUGUCAGAGAUAGAGACAAAUGAUUCUUUUAUAAGCCCCUCGUCGUCUGCUAACACUACAAUAAAUGCUGAGUUUCAAGACACCGAUGAUCAUAUAAAAACAGAAUUAGCGAGAGCUAUAUUUGUAACAGGGACGCCAUUAUCGAUGGUGCAACAUCCUUUAUGGAUACAAUUUUUCGAAAAAUUGCAACCAAAAUUUAAAAUACCUUCACGUAAAGCUUUAGCGACAAAAUACUUAGAUAAAAUAUAUAGAGAAAUGCGUUUUGAGUUAAAUGAGGAACUAAAUGCUUGUAGUUACUUACACCUUCAGUGCGAUGGCUGGUCUAAUUUAAGAAAUGAAGGAAUAAUAAACUUUCUUAUAUCAAAACCUCAACCUGCAUACGUUAAAAGUUUGAAUACAGAAAGUAAUCCUCACACUAGUGAAUACCUUAGCCAAGAAGUUGAAAAAGUAAUGAAAGUGUAUGGAGCAAAUAAGUUUCUUGUACUUAUUGGCGAUAACGCUAGAAAUAUACAAAAGGCAUUCGAAUUAACAAAACUCAAAUAUCCACAUGUUGUUCCUCUCGGUUGCUGUGCACAUAUCCUUAACUUGUUGUGCCAAGAUAUUGUAAAGAUACAAGAAGUAACUGUGUUUAUUAUGCAAGCCAUAAAUAUAAUAAAAACUGUUAAAAGGAGUCAACGAUUAAGUUCCUUGUUGAUAAAAUCAAGGCAGGGUGAAGAUUCUACACAAACACUAAAAUUGCCUUGUGCUACAAGAUGGGGAAGUCAUGUUACUUCGUUAAAAAGUUUGAAAGCAAAUAAGAUAGCUUUGCAAAUAUUAACAGUUAGAGAAGAUGUAGUAAUUUCAAGAGAUAUUAAAGAUUUAAUUCUAAGUGAUGAUUUCUGGACGAAGACAGGGGAAUGUAUAAGUAUUUUGGAACCAGUCACUGAAAGCAUAUUUUACUUAGAGAGCGACCAGAAUCGUUUGCAUCGCACAUACAUUACAUUUAGAGAUGUACAAGCUAAGAUACGUUUUGCAUUAAAUGAGAUUUCGACAUUGAGCGAAGAAAGCAAACAGCAGAUUCUAACAUCAGUAUCUUCAAGAUGCAAUAUGGCAAUGAGGCCAAUACAUUUUGCAGCAUAUAUUCUAGACCCCAGGACUCUAGGAGUCGAACUUACUCAAGAGGAAGAACUUAAGGGUAUGGAGUUUAUCUACAAUUUAAGCCAACACUUAAGUUUGUCAAAUGUAAUGGCAGAUUUGGCGUGUUAUAAAGCUAAAGAAAACUUUUGGGCCAGAGGAUUUGUAUGGAGCUCAUUAGAUAGCAUUGAGCCCCUAAUAUGGUGGAAAGGUAUUUGUGGUUCCACUGAGUUAAGCAAAGUAGCGAUUCGUAUUCUAUCAGCUCCCUGUACUUCGGCAGCCACUGAGCGUUCCUUUAGUAUCCAAGGCUACAUACAUAAUAACAAAAGAAAUCGACUUACAACUGAAAGAACUGAAAAAAUUUCAUUCAUUUGUUAUAACUGGAAUCUUAAACAUAAAGCUGAAUGCGAGGACAUUCAGUUUAAUGAAGAAAAUACCUUAGAAGCUUUCAUUGAGCAAGUAAAUGAACAUAACAGUUUAGACGAAAUAGAGCCUAUCGAACCUAUACAAUUCAUCGCUUGUAAUAACUCUGAAUCUGACAGUGAUUGACUGUAGUUUUACAUUUUACUUUCAUCUCUUUCUUAAUAAACUCAAAAUCAAAUUAAAAGUUUUUUAUUCUGUAGGCUGCAUAAUAAUAUUGUCUAUGUCCAGUAUAGUGGACGUCUUGCGGCUGAGAUGACGAUGAUGAAGUACAAAAUCAUAAACACCCAAAAAUUUGGGUGUUUAUGGGGUUUAAACCCAAUAAACCCAAAACACCCGGUUUUUACCCACCAGACUUUAAACCCACCCAGGUGGAUUGCCCAUCUCUAGAUACUUGCUUAAGAUGAAUAAAUUUACCUUAUUUGGAACAUAAUCUUGACAUU